GGUGGGGGGUAAGAGGGGUCCAGGCAUGGAGAGGGCGCAGUACCGCGCUAUCCUCCGUAUCGUUGACACGUCGAGCGGAAAGAGUGCGGAGAGAAGAGGGAGAGAGAGAAAGAGAGACGGAUCCACAGAAGAAAGAGAAAGGAAAAAAAGAGAGAGAAAGAGAGUGACGGUAAUACCGUCGCGGUGUCGCUCGUUUAAUUGGCACUCGCGGAAUCGCCGCGCGCGGAUAAUCGUUCCUUUGCCCGAUUGCGGUGUCCGGAGGACUUCCGGUCGCGGAGAGCGGCUUCGCGAACGCGGUCAGUAGUGGCGCGUCGACAGUCGCAUCGCGCACGGUGACGCGUAAUCGUCGGCGCGGUCGAUCCGCGUUAGCUGAUCGUCGAUCCGGCCCGCGUAGAUCAUCGCAUCCGCCAGCGUUGCGGUGAAUCGCGUCGUUCGCCGCGAGUGAAUAAUUGGUGAGAUUGUUCUGUCCUGUCAUCUCGUGCCUGUCCCGCGGGAACCACCGGAGAACAAUGCUGACGUUCCUGUUCGCCGCGGCGCUCGUCGUCGCGACGCCGUGGGUCCACGCCAGCCAGGUGACCAUGGACGCCAAGAUCCGCGACGACUCCGAUCUGUCUCAGUUCUAUCAGCUGCUGGAAGCCAGUCAUGUGGCCAACACCACUCUCACGUAUCGCCAUGUGACCGUGUUUGCGCCUACCAAUCGAGCAUUCCAGAAGUACAACGGCAGCACGAAGAAUUUGGUUCUGUAUCAUAUGUCGAAUCGACCUCAGACAAUCGAAGACUUGAGGGAGUCGAUAUCCUCCGAGUUGGAGGGCAACCCACCCCUAUGGAUCACCAGGAAACAGGGCCCGUACGGCGUGGAAGUCUACAUUAACAACGCAAAGAUUCUCCUGGAGCAGAGCAACUUCCAAUCCAAACUGAAGGUCAAUGGUGACACCAUGACACAGGUCUUGCACAUCAUAAACGAGGUAUUGGAGCCGGUGCGAUCCAACUCGGCGGAGACGCCGAUCUACAAUCCAAACGCUUUUCAAUUCUUGAACCAGAGCGAGAAUCUCAAUUUGGGCGAUCAUCGCGUACGUACCUUCCGACAGCGGAUCAUCUUUGAGAAGAAGGAGUCUGCCUUCAAGGCUGAGGGUCGUUACACCUUUUUCAUCCCCGUUGACGAGGGUUUCAAGCCGGAACCGAGGCCACAGAAGAUCGAUCGCGACGUGAUCGAUGGACAUGUUAUACCUGAUCAAGUUCUCUUCACUGGACCAACGCCGGACAACACUGCGUAUCCAACCCUUGCGUUCGGAGACAAUAUCAAGGUUGUCGCUAGCUUUCAGCGACAACACAAUAAAGUCUACGUGAAAUCGAACACUCUAUUCGGCAACACGGUUCACCCGACCGGAGUGGUGCUGGCAGAAAUAGUGAAGGCGAACAUCCCGGUGCGCAAUGGCGUCGUACAUCUGAUACAACGACCGCUUGUGGUGAUUGACACCACAGUGAAGGAUUUCCUGGAGUCCUUCAAGGGCAUCGAAAAGGAGGACGGACCGGUGUACAAGUUUUACGAGACCAUCCGCGAUUUCGGGGAGGAUAUUAUGAGCAACAUCAAUCGCCUGCGUGACGUGACCCUCUUCGCGCCCAGCAAUGCCGCGUUGGAGAAGCCCGGCGUGAAGCAGAUCCUGCAGGACAAGAAGCGCGUCAAGGAGAUCCUCAACCUUCACUACGUCAUGGAACGACUACCACUCGACAUAAUCAAGCAAAAGAGUGUCAGCGAGUUAAACAUAACAACCGACAAAUCGGCCGACAAGACACACGGGGUGUCGACCGCUGCCAAUAAGCAGAAGCUGUUCUUCAAUGUGGUGCAAACCCCGUUCGGGAAUCAGACCGUCACCGUGGAGGGUGGCGGCGUGAACGCCACCAUCAUCACCGCCAACAUCGCCGCCACCAACGGGGUUAUUCACAUAAUCGACAGGCUUCUCGGGGUGCCGUACACCACUGUGUUCGAGAAGCUCAGGACCGACCCGAUGCUCAACACGACCUACAUCCUGGGCCAACGACGUGGGUUCAACGAUCAGCUUAACGACACGACGAAGCGCUUCACGUACUUCGCACCACGCGAUUUCGCCUGGAAUUCUGCGAAGGUUGCUUAUCCGUCAACCACCAAGAAGCUCUUCAUGCCUGAGUACAGUUAUCAUACGAAGCAGAUCCUGGAGCGACACCUCGUAAUAUCGGACCAUGCGUACACGAUGGCGAAGAUCAGAGAAAUUAGCAACGACACCAUUGUGCUGCCGACAGUCAGAGAUUCCCUGAAGAUUCGCGUCAAGGAACAUGGCGAAAAUGGGAAGUACGACGAAAACGCAAUCCGUCCAGACAUAGACACAUCCGGCUACCAGCUAGAGUGGAACGGCAAGUGGAUACGAAUCAUGCGUCCGGAUGUCGAGUGCACCAACGGUGUCAUCCACGUGAUCGACACCGUGUUGCUCAAGGACAGCGAUGUCCGGGUGACAGGCGGCGCGUCGCUAGCCACCUUCGCACCCCACCUGAUCAUGAUACUGAUAGCCAAGUGGUAUCUGUAAGAGAAUCUGAUUCGCGUCGCGUCUCAUCGCAUCUACACGCAGGUGCGUCUAUAGGAAUUUUCAUGGGGCCGUCUCCGAUCGUCCUCGCGCGAACAGCGGCGGCGGCGACGAUGACAACAAUGACGACGACGACGACGUUGACGACGACGAUAAUAAUGACGACGAUGACGACAACGAUAACGACGACAAUGACGACGAUUACCACGAUGGCGACGCGGGAAGGCACGGCGAAUUAAAAGAGCGCGGUCGUACGUCCCUUUCGAUCGUAUCCUGCGUUCGAAAGGAGAAUACUUGUCAUCAUAGUGAGUGAAGGCUGUGAGGAAAGCAAUGAGGGAAGGGUAAAGUCGCGGAAAAUCCAAAAAUCUGGGAAAACCCGGGAGAACAGGAAACCAAAGAUUCGAACUAAGAACCUAAUGAUCCGAGGGUAGCGGAAUCGCGGGGCGGAUUCGAGCGGGUCCGGGUCUGAGGAUCAUACAUGUGACGUCAAGCGGUUGCGGACGGGGGUGGAAAAAGGGACAGGAAAAUGUGUCCGCCACCAGUUUACGCUGAUAGUGAUCGCACAUGGAACGAAGAUGGCUCUCUCACACAGCGAGGGAACGACGGGGACGAUGACCGAGCACUCACGAUCGUACGGCCUCACAGCCAGGAUAGCCUAUUAUUUAUUGCGUAAUCGUCCGUGGACGUAGCGGGACACUUUUACGGGUUAGAAGCGUUAAUCGUACCAAAUAAAUGGUUAAUCGUACCAAGUAAUCUAAAUAAAUUUAUAGAGGAGGGGCGGCGGAGAGGCAGGAAGGGUUGAGAUUUCGAGGAACCUACUUCGAGUACAAGGGCAAUGACGAACUGCAAUCCCAUGCAAUUUUUAGCGAAUGACGACUGACGCGUGAGGUACGAGUGAAAUCGCGAUCUUAAUCAUCGAUCGUCGCUUAACAAUUUUUUUUAUUAAUUAAAUACAUCAAAUUGGAAAGAUUUUACUUGAUUCUACUCUUUCACGAAGUAAAACGUAUUUACGAUUUCUCGUCUGAUGUAAAUUAAUUAAUUACGCGUAUAUGAUCGAUCAACCGUCGUAAUCGUGUCGUGAUUUCAUUUCAACCUCGCACGUCAUUUUGUAGAGCUAAUAAGAACUUAACAUACCGAUAAGCACCGGAUAACGCACUGAGAACGAGACUCACGAUUUCUUCGCGGAAUCCUACGAUUUUAUACGACGCCAAUCGUAAACGUAAAGUCCAGAGUCCCUUCCCCGCCACGCGACGACGGUAAUAAAGCUAAGCGCCAAUAUUGAUCGCUCUUUUCAAUUAACGACAGUAAUAAAGCCAAACGCAAUAUCAAUCAUCCUUCCAAUCAAUUAGCGCGGCGAACAAGUAAAGCGCUUGCCGAGCAAGAAUCCAUCUCGUGGAUAUUUCCACUUUGAAGUCCAUCAAUUUUUAGAAUCCUCGUGUCCUCCACGAUUCUUGGAUCCUCAGACUGGAUAAUCGGAUUUCGUAGGAGAUCAUCAAGUGUCCGUGAAUCCUUCAAUUCUUAAAACAAAUUUUUAAAUUUCAUCAGCUCCUCAAACAGGAUCGGGGCCUUGUAGAUCCCUGCGGAUCUCCGAGUGUUCAGCCCUACGGAUCCUCGAAUGUGGAUCGAUUGUCACGCAUCAGCGUGCAUUUGGCUGUAUCGAUUCGCGACAGCCGGCAGCGAAAUCGAAUCGGGCGGACGCGCGAGCACAUCAAUGUCCGUCAACGUCAUCUCAGGUACACGCGGACGCGGGGGCGAACGUUUUCACCCCCCAGAUAAUGGUCGUUCUCUCCGAGGUAUCGUAUUUUCUCUCGACCCUUCCGUCGUCGCGGAAGGGUUAACGGCCGCCGCGGCCGCUCAGGGACGGCCCCGAACGACACAUAUACACACACACACACACCGCUAUGUAUCAUAUCGUACGACUACUUACCGAGAAUACUGCCAUGUGCGUUGCGCAUAUCGCGAGCUUGCGAACGAGCUUUUGUACGAUUAUUAUUACCGAACAAGAGAGCCGGGGAGAGAAAGAGCUCCAUCUCGAAAGAUUCCUAAAAAGAACAGGCGCACUUCUAGCGAGUUAUCAGGAUCUAGAAGCAUUCUGAAUGAGAAAAUGCAUAAGGAGACAUUCGACAUUUUCCGCUCUCCUUACUCUUGUGGAAAUUCUGAAGAAAUUUUGUAUUUUCGUGUAUUCUGCAGCCCGAUAACUCAUACGAGGGAAUCGGUAAGAGGCUCAUUCUGUGGCACCAGGAAGAUUGUUAUCUAAAUUAGAUCAAAGAAAUAAUUAAAUUGUCCAAGUCUAUCAGGAUAGCAAACGAUGUAUGGGGAGGAUCAGUGUGAAGAUCUAGAAUUAUUAAACUAAUCCCGGUUUCGGAAGAACGGGAAAAUUCCGCGUAGAGUCCGCGGAAUGAGCUUUUAUACGUUUCCCCGGAUUCGCCUGUUUUUCUUUUUUACAAGAGGAAGACAUUCCGUGACCAUAUCUACUUUCGGCGCACAGCACGCGCUAUCGUCCCAUCGUAAUAACUGUGUCCCGAUGAGCUUUCUUUCCCCUCCGCAUCCAGCUCAUCGCGUUAUUACACGGACUGGCUGUCCGUAUAGCGAACUUACCGUUAAGCCCCUUAGCUGUAUGCGUGUAAGCAAUAGCGAGGAUACGCGCGAUCGUCCCGUCCGGAAGUGGAAACUUCCAAAGAUGCGGCGGAGACCGGCACAGGCCUGAGAAAUGAAAUGAAAUCAAAUGGAAUUCAGAUCGAAAGGCGGCAAUUAACCCUUUCGCUGCUCGAAAUCCCUUUCCCUGCUAGAGUUCCCGUUUCGUCGAGGGUGAGGUAAGUUUUCGAGAGUCUUGAUAGACGUGAUACCACGCUAAUCUUCGACAGUUUCGCAGAUGUUUCCCGGGCGGGUAAUAUCGCAAAAUGCGCUUAUUCGCGAGGGUUGAUCCUUAGAUUAUCGAACCAUUACGACUUACGCGGAUUCUCACGGAGAGCAAGAUUUCGCAUUCAUCGAUUAAUCGAACGCUGCCUCAGCGAACGGUAUCGCGUAAGUUUGUCUCUACCGAGGAAUUGAAUAUUAAUUAAUUGAAUAUUGAACGAUAUUGAAUAUUAAAGAACAAACAGGGAUUCUCAAUUAACCGUUCUCGCUGAGGCGAAACCGAUUUCGUGAAUCAAGUCCCGCGGACUUAGUACGUUGAUAGGUUUUUCUGCAGUGAAAGGGUUAAGGAAGAAAGGAAGUACGAAUAUACCCGGCACGGAACACGUUCGAAGCUCGAAGAGGGAUGAAGCCUCGAAAUUUCGUUGUCCUCCUCGAGGACGAGGUGCAAUGCGGCGAGAAGCGCAAGGUAUAGUUCACGUUAAACUGAUAAAACGCCGAAACCUAAAUGAAAGACAAUUGACUGAUCGGAUCGUCGUUAAGUUUUCAAACUGCGGUCCGGCAACUUGUUUGCGUUAAUCGCGUAUAAAGAGAGUGUUUGUAAUUAGCGGCGCGUAAUCGAAGCAGCCACAACCUUCUCCACGAAAAAAAUUUGAUUUAACAAAAUAAAAAAAGACAAGUCGAUGUUAUACGUGUGUUGAUAUCAGUCUAAUACAUAUAUAUAUAAAACAAAUAAAUAAAGAUAUAUAUAAUAAACAGAGAUAUAUAUUAAUGAGGAAGAAAGUAUCGAUCGAAGGGACGAGCCGAGGAAAGACGAAGAGAGACCAGACUAAGAGAAAGAAAGAGAAGGAAGAAACAAAAAUGCUAUCAGAUGAUAACUUAAACUUGUUGUUGGGAUGAAUUGAUAUUACGAAUUAUUAUUAUUAUUAUUAUUAUUAUUAUUACAAUUAUUAUCUAUAUAAAAUAUACAUAAACUCUAAUUAACACUGUUUGCUCGUUAGAUGAACCAAAUGGAAAACGAAAAAAAAAUAGUGAAACUCUAUUUCUCCGUGUAGACGUGUCUUAAUGUUCAGCUUGCUCGGCAGCCACGUUUGCGGGCUACCGACGUAAGAGAGCUGGGUUUCUUCGGGGCUGCCAUAAGUCGAAGAGGGACGUUCGAGUCCGCUCGGUACGCGGGUGACGAGAUUAAACGGACUGCGAGGCUUACAAGUUUUCACGCUCGUAGGUGAACGUCGUAUACACGGAAGUAAGAUGCACACGCCGCCGGUGUUGUUACCAGAACGCUGCGAGAGAGGACGAAGAGAAACGUUGAGUUGAGGAAUCGACUACCGUCCGCGACGGGUCCGACUGAUCGCAUUUGAGAAUUUCUGCUUGAGAAUUUCGACGUGCUCAUCGUGGAUGGAUGUACGUUAAUACGUGAAAAAAGAGAUCGUAGAAGAAUGUUGCAAAAUUCUAAAGACUCGAGUUUCUUCUUGCCUGGAUCCCGCCGAUCGAUGGUAGUCGAUCGGAAGAGAAGAAAAUAAAUCAUGGGAAAGUGCAUUUAUGAUUUCUGUUUUCAAUUCGCAAGCGAAGCUACGGCGAACAAGUACAGCUAAGUUUAGUGCUAUCCUCGCGCGAGUAAUUAUUAAUUACAUAGGAUUACGAGAAUAGAAUUAGCCGUAAUCUCUCUCUCCUCAUAGAAGCGAGUAGACGCGUUGCGUGGAACGCUCGCCGAGCCUGAAUAUCCGGACGUGCCCGCCGGUGAUCGAUCUAUGACUCCUCGAGCUCGUAGACGCGGAUGGAUCGGAGCACAUUAAACGCAGAAGCGAAAAUAAUUAAGGCGCAUUAAGUAAUUAUCGUGGGUCUAUCGGUGUAUCUGCGGGUGUUCAGGCUUCGGCGGCACUUAUUUAAGAUCAAAAUUCCCCCGAGAUAUACCAUCCCAUUCGUGCAUUCCAGGAAAUCGUUCCGUUUAAAGCGCUAAUCGUUAAGGGAACCGCCGACGCACGCCAUCGCCAUCGACACGAACGCGAUGGCGAACCACGGCUAUAAUCGUCACGCAGCAUCGAUCACACCGAUCCCCUUCGCUAUCAUUUUUAUCAUCGCUACUGUUACUCCUCCCUCCCCUCCCCACGUUUUUAUCUCGCGAAGAACACUGGCGAAAAUGAUCGCGAACGCCCGAAGCACUCGAGCACGUGUUGCGCGCGUUUUGCGCGAAUUUUCCACGCAUUUAAUUACAUACAUACACACACAGCACACACGCGUAUUUAGAAGUCACUCGCAGAGGCAGACGUGUUCCCUCUGUCCUCGUCGCACGAUCAUUUCGAGCCACGUGUUUCUGACAUCGUGUCUCACACUCGUAUCCGGCUACGUAAGGACUCGACGAUCCAAGGUUCCUGGGAUUCCGAGGCUGCCGGAACAGCCGAGAGGCUCCCGGCUAGGCUGCGGCUGUCGGGAUUCGAUAGAUAUCCGCGGUGCACCUGAACAUCCGGGGAUAUUCUCGCCUGGAGCCCGCCUGCCGGAUGCCGGCCGCACGGCGAUUCGAGGAACCGACGAUUUAAGGACCCAAGGAUACGCUACUGAUUGCAUUUACGCGCGCAGCCUAGGACGGCGCAGAAGGUGCCGGUCGAAGGGCGCGCCUUUUCAGAGCAGGCUCGAUGAAACGGCGCCACGCGCCGCGAUGUUAACGUUCGUUAGCCUAAGUACGGGGUUUUUAAGCUUUUUAAAGUUACGACCGCGGGGAGAGCGCGAUUCCCCGCUGGCGGCAGGUGAUACCAGUAAGUGCAACCAGUAACUUAAGCACGCCACACACCAUUACGGUAAAUCAUUAAUAAUGUAAGAGUAUAGAGUACAUAUAAAGUGACAUAAGAGAGCGCGAAAGAGAGGGAGAGAAAGAGAGAGAGAGAAAGAGAAGAGGCGUAGGAGAGAAAGGGAGAGAGAGAAAGAGAGAGAACGCGCGAGCGUGAGAGACCGUGGUUUUUAAAUUCCGAAUGCGAGGAGCGUAUAUAUAACGUGUAAGCGAUUUCGUAUUUUAAGCGCCGGAUAGGCAAGUUUCACAGAAAUUAACUGACGAACUAUUAAGGAUUAUAUAUUAUUUAUUAGCUAUUAUAAAAGUAUAUAAUAUAAAUAUAUGUAUAUUAUAAAUAUAUAUAUAUAUUAUACCUAUACUGUAGUAGGGGAAAUCAAAUUUUAUGUACCACAGAGCUAUUUGUAUAAAAGGCAUUUGUUUCAUCAACCACGUUCAUGAAUUGACAUCGCUGGACAUUUGAUUGCCACCACCGACACCGCCGUCGAUGAGUAAUUUUAGGUAAUAUAUAUUUUGGAUAAUUAAUCACGAGAGAACUUCUAGUUUUUAUUAGGACCUAGGUGUACGUAUAUUUGCAUUAUGCUUAUAUUCCGUCAGAAUAAGUUAUUAAGUUUCUAAGUCAUGCGCGCCUGCCUCCGCGGGGGGAGGCGGCGCUUUUAGCGAGCGAUUUUUACGGAAGGGCCCCGCGUCGGGUUUUGGGCCGAUCGAAUUCGCAAUGAAGGAAGGAAGCAAGGCUGUACGUACCUCCGAAUUCGCGGGCGAACCGAUGGCGCGCGUCAACCCUCCGUCCUCCAAAAUCAGACCGCAAGGAAUCCAAGAAUCCCGAGACUGAACGAUCCAUUUGAAAAAGGGAAAGUUUCAAGAUCAAAGGGAAAUUGUGGAUCUAAUAAUCAUAAGCGUACACUUAGUAAGGAUACUACGUGCAAUCCAACAUCCUCAAUCGAUAUUUUUUUCGAUCGGUUAACUACGCAAUGUGCAAUGACAGAAAAUUUCUUUCUUUUACUUCGGAAAAAGAAUUGCUCCACGGAUUAAGGGUUGACAGAGCCGCGGGGUGAAUGGAGCUUUAAAAGCCCGAUUCGGCCGUCGUUCGUCCGGCGAACGUUCACUUCACUUGUAUCUCGCUUCACUACACUGUGUAGAUCCGAUCGCUUUUGCUGUAUGAUUUUACAAAGAAUAAAGAACACCUACAAGAUA